AUGUCGCGUCGCCUGCAAACAAGAGCUUUGCUAACUCUGUCGUGUUGUUCGCAAAUAAAAAGACAACGAGCUUCCCGCGCCUGCGAGACCUGCCAUGCGAGGAAGGUCAGGUGCGAUGCCGCCUCCCUAGGCAUACCGUGUACAAACUGCGUCGCCUUCCAGAUCGAAUGCAAGAUCCCCACCCCGAAGAGGAAGAAGGUGCCCGCGGCUUCGACAACCAAAGACUCAGACAGUGAACGAGGCGAUGGAUCCGAAGACCGUUCUCCCCUCCCGGCUCCCAGUGCUGGGUCUGGUACCUUCAACACCAGGCCACCCGCCGUAUAUCACACUGCAGAAGGUACUCCAUCGACCACCAUGACGGCGGCGCAGACCCAGAAAGAGGAGGCCGACAACAAUACUUAUUUAAACCUAGUCAUGAAACCCAAGUUCACUCGUGCCCCCAUCACCGAAGCCGGCCGUGUUGCCUACCUGGGAGAGUCAUCCAACCUGACUCUCCUCGUCCACGACCGACAAGGAGCCGCCGAUGUUGUUCACUAUCCACUACCUGAGAACGUCCGUGGGUCCAGGGCGAGGCUUACCGAGCUGGACAACGUCGAGAUCGAAAUUUUGCACCAGCGAGGCGCCUUCCUCCUUCCGCCCCGUUCCCUCUGUGAUGAGCUUAUCGACUCUUACUUCAAAUGGGUUCACCCAAUCGUACCAGUUAUCAACAGAGCGCGAUUCAUGAGGCAGUACAAAGACCCCAAGGAUCCACCCUCACUGCUGCUCUUGCAGGCCAUACUGCUCGCCGGAUCACGUGUGUGUAGCAACCCGCAGCUCAUGGACGCGAACGGGUCGACUACACCCGCUGCGCUGACCUUCUACAAACGGGCCAAGGCUCUCUACGACGCCAGUUAUGAAGACGACCGGGUCACGAUUGUACAAUCUUUGCUGCUCAUGGGCUGGUACUGGGAAGGACCAGAAGACGUCACCAAGAACGUCUUUUACUGGUCGCGCGUGGCCACUAUUGUGGCGCAGGGGUCUGGGAUGCACAGGAGCGUAGAGGGCUCGCAGCUCAGCAAGACUGACAAGAGAUUGUGGAAGAGAAUCUGGUGGACGCUUUUUACUCGGGAUCGAUCUGUCGCCGUGGCUCUGGGCCGACCUGUCCACAUCAACCUUGACGAUUCAGACGUUGAGAUGCUCACGGAGGAUGAUUUCAUCGAAGACGAAGACGGCCAGCCAAGCGACUAUCCUCUUGAUCCGGUCCACGUUCAUUUUUUCAUGCAGUAUGUCAAGCUGUGUGAGAUCAUGGGGCUGGUCCUCUCACAGCAGUACUCCGUGGCUGCCAAGGGGCGCCAACGGAACCCCAUCGACCUCACGCACAGUGAUAUGGCAUUGGCGGAUUGGCUCCAGAACUGUCCCAAGACGGUGUACUGGGAGAUGCCAAGGCAUCACUUUUGGUCUGCCCUCCUUCACUCCAACUAUUACACCACGCUCUGCCUGCUACAUCGAGCCCACAUGCCUCCUGGUGGUGGCAACUCGCGUUUCCCCGAGGAUGCCGCCUAUCCGUCGCGCAACAUUGCUUUCCAGGCGGCUGCCAUGAUUACGUCUAUCAUUGAGAACCUUUCAGCACACGAGGAACUUCGAUAUUGUCCGGCUUUCAUCGUGUAUAGUUUGUUCUCGGCGCUGAUCAUGCACGUCUAUCAAAUGCGGUCUCCGAUCCCGUCCAUCCAGCAGGUCACCCAGGACAGAAUCAGGACUUGUAUGACGGCUUUGAAAGAUGUCUCCAGAGUAUGGUUAGUCGGGAAGAUGGUGUAUACGCUUUUUGAGGCUAUCCUGGGCAACAGAAACCUUGAAGAGAGGCUCCAAAAGGCAGCGGGCAAGCGGCACACCAAAUUCCAAAGGAGCAUGCAGCAGCUUGAGCAGCACGCUCAGGACCAGCUGCUGCAGCAGCAGCAGCAGCAACUUAGGGAGACGGCAAAGCGGAAAUACGACGAGAUGGCGAUCGACUUCAGUGUAGCGACGCCCACGCCACAAGAAUCCUAUGAACGCUCCCGGCCGCAGACCCCGCAGGCCUCUCUCAAAGCAGAGCCGUCCUUGUCGAGUAAUCACAUGCCGCCGCCGCACCCUCACAUCACCUCGCCUGGUGGCAGACAAAACAACAUGGACGCCUUUAUGGGCGGCUCAGCAUCACGUCCUCACACCCGACCGCCCACGCCAUUCAACCCUUCUUUCUCAGUACCUGCGACCCCGCCCGAUCUAUACCUCGUGACCCGCAACUCGCCGAACCUUUCCCAAGCGGUCUGGGAAAAUUUCCAACCAGACCAGCUUUUCCCUGAGAGUGCAAGCAUGCCUCUCUUUCCGCACAUUUCGCCGACCCAAACGCACCAGAACCUAGAUCCACACUUAGUGCAACAACAGCAACUGCACCAGAGGAACUCGGGCCAACAACAGCAGAUGCAGAACAUGUACGGCCAGCAACAACACCAGACUCAGCAGGAAAACAGAGCAAACCAGAGCCCUCCAGCCGGGCCACAGCAGCAAGGCGCGGGCGGCAAUGCGUGGCAGCCGCCCGUUGGUUUUGAUGGGCUGGCGGAUGGACAAAGUCCAGACAGCUGGAGUACCGGUAGUGCCGGAGGUGGUGCCCCGGUGCCGAGUACUCUGAAUGUAGAAGACUGGUUUCAAUUUUUUGGUAUCAAUGGUGACGCGAGUAAUCUCAACUUCGACAUGUCAAUGACAUAA